UAUGUAGUUAAUUUAAUUAGACUAGUUAACUAAUUAACCAAAUAAAUUAAAGUAAAUUAUGAAGGGGAUUAGUAUGAUUAAAGAAAAUAAUAAGGCUAGACUGAAAAUUAACAUUUAAAUAAGGUUUAUGAACCUAACUUAAAAGUUAUAUUUAAAGAAGGAAUUAUGAAACUAAAAUAAUUAAAGGUUGAAUAGAUAGGAAAUAACAAAAAUAAAAGAAUAGUUAUUGAUUUAGAAUUUUGAUAUAUAUUAGAAGGAGAAUUCAAGUGAAGGCCAAGCUAGAGAUUUUAUUAAGGGGAUUAUCGCAAUUUAAGGCUGUGGUGAUUAAUGAAGUCGACAAUUUUCUUUUCCGUCCUCAUCUUGGAAUGCGAGCCAAAUACCAUGUUAUCAACUUUUUGAGUCAUAGGGGAGAUGGUCCUAAGAUAGCAAAACGUUUGAUAGAAGUGUAUUUUGCCCUAUUUAAGGUAUUGAAUUCUGAGACGGAUAGAGGGCAAAAGAUGAACAAAAAGGAUGGAAGGCAAAAUUCGAAGGAUAAUGUAAAAGAUAAUGAAUCGGAAAAUAUGCCGGAGUUGCAUGUGGAGUUGGAUUCACAGUUAUUGUCAGCCCUUUUAAUUAAGGCAAACCAGCAAAAUCGGUGGGGCAAACGCCGGAGGAACGCUUGCCAGGAUUUUAAUACUCAAUUACCCUUAUUUUUUCUACUUUUUAUCUUCUAUUUCAUACUUUUCCGUCCCCUCUCCUACUUUUUCAACCCUACUACUUUUCAUAAAUAAUGUGUCAAACCCUAUGGUAGCAAAGGAGUAUAUUUUGUUAUCUAGGUUGAACCAACUCUUCAACAAUUCAUCUUCUGUUGGUAUUUAUGAGCAAUAUUCAUUAGUU